AUGUCCCGCUCGAAACCGUACUCCCGCCAGAGCAGCGGCUCGGGACCCUCUGGAGGCAAGCGCGACACAGACGCUGCCUGGAAGCACGACCUGCACGACUCGCGCCCGGCUCUCCUCCAGCGCCUGGGAUCCGGCUCGCCUGCGUCCUCGGCAUCCUCGCUCAAGUCUCGUUUGGGGCUCGACUCCUCCUCCCCCCGCGAGCGCAACAGUCCGAGCUACGCUGGCCGCGAGCUCCUGCCCGGAAACAGUGGACAGGUCCACGGCCUACGUAGCGAUAGCAUCGGGAAUGCGGGGAAGGAGCUGCUCCCCGCUGGAAAGUCGGCACGGAGCGGACGCGGAUCGCGGCCGAGGGGAAGCAACGGCAACGAGGGCGCUGCGUUUGCGGCCAACGCGCUCGGAAACCUGAGGCGGGAUCGCAACGAUCGCAGUGACAGAGAUAGGAGGGACAAGCCUGUUUCGAUUGCUGGCGCCGCUCGUGCUUGGGUCCGCGUCGAGCAUCUGGCUCCGGGCACGACAGGCGCUGAUGUCAAGUCCGCCUUUGCGAGUUCGCCGAUCCAGCGCGCCGAGGUCACCUCCCGUCCGGGAGACAAGGACGUCGUGGUCGAGCUCGAGCUUCCGGACGAGGAGGCCGCGCGCGAACUCCCGCUCGCCCGCGCCGCAGCAGAAGGAUCUGUCCUCGCGAAUGGGCGGAGGACGGAGAGAGGAGAGCGGCAAGAUGUACUCGGACCAGAUCCAGAUGCUGCAGCCGCGUCCGCCACAGAAGACGAGCCUCGCGGACCGCAUUGGGCGCCGUUAGCGAGGUGUGAGUUUCCUUUUUCCCGGGUUGAAACUGACGAUCAGGCCAUCUGA